GGAAUUACAAUGUUGAAAGAAGCAGCAAAUGGCGGGUUAGCUGUGGGUCAAACAUUACUUGGUAAAUUUUAUGAAAAUGAAGGAAAUUAUAAAGAGGCUGUUAAAUUUUAUUAUGAGGCUGCCAAGCAAAAUCGCGGAUAUUAUAGCCAUGUUGCACAAUAUCGUCUAAACAAAUUGGAUGAUGAAAACCAUGUUCAUAAAGAUGAAAAUAUUGCAGAUAUUAAAAAGUUGUAUAAAAAAGAAUUAAAAUAUUACUAUCAUGAUAAUGAGGCUAUUCUUGAAAAUGUUAAAUAG